AUGUCCAGCAUCGAAGAUCCGAAGCAGCUAUCCCUGAGGACAGCUCAAACAUCCAAUAACGCUCUGGGUAUCAACGCUCCGCCGUCACCAGCGUACAAGUCAGCUCCGGCGGACUCAUCCGUGCACUACACUUGCUUUAUCCGACUGCCAUUCCCCAGAGGUGACUUCGUAGACCCACCACAGGGAAGACUUGUCGGUAUAUUCUCCCUUUUGACCUGUUCUGCAGCUAACGAAAGCAGAUCUGCAAAAUUUGAGGUUUCUCUGGCCUUCCUCCUUCAGCAGGCAGCAUGGCUCUACGAACGCCACUUUGCACAGAUGAAAGCGCAGAUGAAGAAGCUCAGCCCCUCAGCUUGCCCGUCACCCAUGCCACCUGAUUCUACAGGCAACGUUGCUGUAAACAGCAAUGCGACCGCGUUCGCAGUCGGCAGUCAAGGUCAAAGGGCCCCUCCGCUCUAUCAGCACAACCGAAGGGCUUUCUCGUACGCCUUCUACCAGGACAUUGACACAAAGUCGCACAGGACCACCUGCCAGCCCAGCGCAACCAAGCAGCAGAGUAUUCAACGCAGCUUUUGGCAACCACAGAAAACCUGUGAGUCAGAUUCGGAUUCUUCUGAUGGAGAAAGUCAGAGCAUGGCACGCAGUCAAGCCUUCAGACGACCAGCAAAUUACAACAACAAAGGCAAGUACGGCUACGAUGACGAAGAUGAAGACGAAGAUGGCGAAUCAUCUGGUGGAUUUCUACCGUUCGCUACUACUGCCACUGGAAGUGCCGAUCCAGCUGCGACACUCAAAUCACCGGUAAAGCGCGCAUUUGAGCAGAGGACAAUCGCUCCUGACUCGUCGGCAUCUUCAGCUAGCUCUGCCGCAGCUGCCCAAGCCACCACACGCACGGGUAAGCAGAGAGAGGUCAAUCGAGGAGACUAUGCACAUGCAUCCCCAGCAAGUGCAUUGAGCCCUAGACACCGCGAGGAACUUUCGAAACUCAGCCCGAGGGUCCGUAGGGAAGGCAGCGAGGGCACACCGAGUAUGGGAAGCUCGUUCAGUGAUCUUGAUGGUACGUGA